CAAACUCAAAGAAGAGAGACAACAGAAUAGCAAACAAUAAAAAGAUAGAAAAAACCUAUAUACUAGAAUAGAAUAUUAUUCAAUAAAAUUAUUAAUAGAAUAUAAUAAAAGUAUUCAAAAAUGAGCAGUCAGCCAUAUUUUAACUGACAGGGACAGUCAACACACCUUAAAUUUUACUUUUUACCAAAAAAAAAAAAAAUAGAGGAAACUAAAAGAACCUAAAAUUUAAUUCAGUUGCUAUGGUAACUUUUCCCUAUAUUUUUUCCUUAAAACGAACGCUUUUUUCUUGAAAAUUAAGGUCGUUACCAAUUUCGUAAAGGAUGUUUUGUGAAUUAAUAGGUUUCCCAGAACAUACUACCAGUUCUAGAAAUAAAUCCUAAAAUAAAAAGUCAAGCUAAGAUAUCUUCUUCUUUUUUUGUAGAAUAGCUAAAAUAUCUUAUAGAAAUCGAAAUUACACACACACAGAAAUUGAAAAGUCACGGAUAACAUCUACACUAAUAUAAAUAGGAUACACAGACAUAACAAAAUCUUAACUUAUCUCUCUCCGCUCAUUUUCCAUUUUUCUCUCAUUACUCAUCAAUUCGGAUACUGAUCUGAAAAAAAAAAAAAUGGUGAAAAAGCAAUUAUCUGUGGGUGUGUCUGUAAUGGUGUUGUUGUUAUGCUGUGUUAAUUACAGUCUCUGUAAAGAGAUCCAAACCUAUAAACUAACCAGAGGAAACUUGUCUGUUACCUUCACUAACUAUGGUGCUGUCAUGACCUCUCUUCUUCUCCCAGACAGACAUGGAAAGCAAGACGAUGUUGUUCUCGGAUUUGAUACUGUUGAUGGUUACAAGAAUGACACAACUUAUUUUGGAGCAAUUGUGGGAAGAGUGGCUAAUAGAAUUGGAGAUGCCGAGUUCGAGUUGAAUGGUCAAACGUACAAGACUGAUCCCAACGAAGGCCAUAACACUCUCCAUGGUGGGACAAAGGGUUUUAGCGAUGUGAUUUGGUCAGUCGAAAAGUAUGUUCCCACUAGCCACAUCACUUUCAAAUACGAUAGCUUCGACGGUGAAGAAGGAUUCCCUGGAGAUGUGACGGUGAAAGUGACGUACAUGUUGAUCGGGGAAAACAAACUCGCCGUGAAAAUGGAGGCAAAGCCACUCAACAAACCAACACCGAUCAACUUAGCCCUCCACACAUACUGGAACCUCCACAGCCACAACUCCGGCGACAUUCUCUCGCACAAAAUCCAGCUUCUCGCCGGAAAAAUCACCCCCGUGGACGAAAAACUCAUCCCCACCGGAGAAAUCAGCUCGAUCGACGGAACGCCGUACGAUUUCCUCGAGCCUCGCGAGAUCGGAAGCCGGAUCAAAGAAUUACCCGGCGGCUACGACAUCAACUACGUGAUCGACGGGAUCGCCGGGAAACAUCUGAGGAAAACUGCGGUCGUUUCGGAGGGAGUCACCGGGAGGAAGAUGGAGCUGUGGACGAACCAGCCCGGAGUUCAGUUUUACACGAGUAAUAUGAUGACACGUGUCGUCGGAAAAGGGAAGGCGGUUUAUGAGAAAUACGGAGGGCUGUGUCUGGAGACGCAAGGGUUCCCGGAUUCGGUGAACCACAAGAAUUUUCCGUCGCAGAUUGUGAAUCCCGGAGACAGCUACUUGCAUGUUAUGCUCUUCAGGUUCACUGCUCACUGAUUUAAUCGGGUCGGGUUUUUAUGUAGAUUGCUUUAAUGAAAUCGGGUCGGGUGGGUCUCGUUUCCUCAAUUUCUAGCUCGAGUCUAUUCUGUGGAAUUGUCUCUUUCUCCUUGAUCAUAAAAAAAGAAAGACAGUCUCUCUCUUCAAUACAUGAAUAACUCGCCGAUUUCUAGUGCUAUAAUAAGAUCUUCUUUCAUCCUAUUAUUUUUUUUUUCCAGCAAAGGCGUCAUAUAUUAAAAUUGUAAAAUG